CACAAGCAUUACUGUCUGAGUACUCUUCAGAGGCCGUUUCGCUGUGUUAUUGCGAGCUCAAACGGCGGGCCUCUGCUAAAGCAUUGCAUUCUCUACAGCCUAUUAUCGUCGAGCUCGACCACGGGUCCCUGUAUUUUGGCCUCUGGCCGUCCCAUUUGCGGCGCGUCGCAUUGACGCCCUGCUCCGGCACCCAGACAGAACCUGCGACAGUCUUGUUCACGAGAGGAGAUCCAGAAUUGAUCGCCUAGCGACGGGCCAAUAUGAGCAAUUCCCUCGAUAUACAGAACAUGCUCCAGACGGGGUAUUUCACCACGUCCAGGGCGAAGCAUGGCUACUCAGCAUCGACCGGUUCUGCGAUGCGCUCUUCCGAGUCCCCUGAGCCGCCGGUAUCUCGUCUCGCGCCUCGAUACUACGACGACAUCCCAUAUCGACGCCGCUUAUCCUUGCCUUCGCCAACUGUCGAAGAUGAGGCCGAUUCGCUCGCAAAGGAAUUCCGUGGCCGCGUUGAGCUUGUGGCGGAGGAAGAGCCUAAGUCAAGGGGGGAAAUCGACCAGCAGCCGCUCAUGCUAGAGGUCCACGAGUACAACCUUGAGCGGCGCUUCGUUAUUGUACCGGGAUCCUCCAAGCCAAGUAGCUCGGAGAGCGUGACUGAAGAUGGCGCAUCUAGAGAAAAGCUCCGCCAGGAAAAAGAAAAGAAGAGGGAGAAGAAGAAGGCGUCCGUGUCCCCGCCACGAGAGGCACCUACACGGACAAGCAACGAACCCGCAAAGGUGGAUUCCGAUCGUCUGAAUGGCACGGUCCCAAGGCUGGAGAAGCGUGGAAGUAGGCAAGAGUUGCCUCGGCUGGAAACGGACGUCAACGAGAACCGGGUGCCGAGUCACCAUCGGAGCAAAUCUGCUGCAAGUGCUCCGCGGCCGGAGUUUACUCAGGCAUAUCGCAAAUAUGGCGAAGAGUAUCUGUCACCGCAGGUCACGCAGCAUGGGCCGAGUGGCCGGGACAAGACUUAUUACCAUGCACCCACCCAGAGCAGCGUCAGCCUGAGUGAGGCGGAUGAGAAGAGGCGGGAUGACGACAAGUAUCACAGACGGAGCGCGACGGUCUCGAUGGAAGGGCGACCAAAUUCUAGCUUCGAACCGUUCCGGAAGCCUAUGGCAAACGAGCGCGUUAACGGACCUCGGCCACUAGACGGCAGCCGACCUGCUCGAGAUGACUUGAGGGACGGAUCCUAUUCGGCAUAUAGGCCAUCCCCGGUCGAAGGGGACGGCAAGGGUCCGCAUUCCCGCUCUCCGUCCAGAGCCCCUACUAUGCCCACCAUGCCCGUGGCCCCGGAGCCGCCAGAAGACUGGGUACCGAACCGCCGGCUUUCCACAACCUUUCCGAUGAGCCGUGACAACCGAAGCCCUCCGACGCUGAACCUUCCUUAUCCAGACGACGAUGAUGCAAUAGUUUCUUGGCCAGAGACAGAAGGGGACGUGGUGAGACAGUCUCAGGCGUCUAGCGCCUCAUCUUCCAUCUUGAUGCCCGCCAUACCUCGAGUCGACGAUGGGCUGGUGGCGCCAGAUGACAGAUCUGUUAGAUCAUCGACUCCCAGAGAGUCAUCGACGGCGAAACCUUGGCAGCCGCCUCCAUUCGAUCCAAGCAAAUCUGGAGUGCGUCCAGACCUGACCGUUGGGUCAUACCGACGCUACUCUGAGACCAAAGGCCGUGACGGGCAAUCAGACCUUCCGAUCAUACCAGAAUGCAAGCGCACGGAGCCGGUAGCUGGCAAGAUGGACUGGCUCACGCUUCCCAGGACGGACUUUAACAUCUGCCCGGACUGCUACGGUGCUGUCUUUGCAGAUACGCAGUUCCGAACUCACUUCCACCCAGUCUUGCGGCCAACGGGCACCCCGAUUGCAUGCGAUUUCGGUUCAUCCCCAUGGUAUAGGAUUGCCUGGCUGCUUACGCUGAAGCACAAAGUGCCUGAUCUGCAGUUAUUUCACUCUCUUGCAAACGUCAUGUACGAAUCCCGCAACUAUCCAUGCCCCGUCGAUAGAAAGGUAACGCGAGUCUGGUACACCGUUAAGGACCCCUAUACCAGGCGGCCGAUCCCUGAGUUUGCGGUAUGCUACCAGUGCGCAAAGACGGUGGAGACGUUGUUUCCGAACCUGACCGGAGUUUUCAUUGCCCUCGAUCCUCGAAGUGAGCCCACGCGGAACGUUUGCUCUCUGCAUUUCACACCCCAGAGAAAGCAGUUCGUGCUCUUCUUCGACGCGUUCGAGACUACCUCGGACAAGGGCUACGUGACCAACCGAAAGCCAGACCUCGGCGAACUCUCCAUGAUGCUUACGCGAUUGAGCACCUUGGACGAGUGUCGCGAAGACCGCCGCGUUAGCGAUGGAUACUGGUAUGUCAUGGAGUAUUUGCCGGAUUUCACCGUCUGCGGGGAGUGCUACGAAGAUGUAGUUCGACCUCUGCGCAUGGAAGACAAUGUCAUUGCACAGAACUUUUAUCCGAAGCCCACAAAACUUCCCAUUGCAACAUGCCAGCUCUACUCUCCUAGAAUGAGGGAUGUUUUUAGAAGAGCUUGCAGGAACAAGGAUCCCGAGUAUCUUGAGGCAAAGGUUCGAGAGAGAUUGAAGGUCGAGAGGGAACUGCACGCCAAGUUUCUCGACUUGGUUAGGGAUAAGCGAGGUGGUACACGGGCGGAGGAACAGAUUGAUAAGCUGAGCAGAGAGUGGAAGAGAUGGGAGUGAAAAUGGGCGGAUGGAUUUUUUCCCCCUUGGUGUUCCUUUUACAUGUUUACAAGUUUGCACUUUUGGGUACAGAAUCCGCCAAACAUGCAUAGCGAGACUAUGUUUCGAAGACGCCAUAUAUAUAGAGUAGCAGC